CACAUCUAUACAUUAUACAAACAUUAUCUCUAUAUAUAUAACUUCCAAGGUUGGAAAAGCAACUCUGGCAAAAACCAAAAUUAAUACCUAUUAAGGUUAUAUUUAUAUACUCUUCAUCACGGGUUAUACAUGCAUCUUUAAACCUUGUCUCUCAUACCCUCUAAUAUAUAUUCAUACCCUUCUUUUUUCAUUCAUUCAUUCAUUCAUCUCUCACCUUAUACCCUCUUCUCUUUUAUUCUCUCUCAAAUUACAUUUAGUACUCUUUACCUUACACACAAAAAUAAUAAUUAUGCAAGUGUUAGAAGAUCAACUCAUGUUGGUUUCAAAGGAUCAACAACAAAUCAUAAAAGGGAAGCGAACGAAGCGUCAAAGGUUACCUUCUCCACUUAGGUUAGCCAUGCCGGGUGUGUCAAAUAAUUCUUACAAUGAAGGUACAAGUUAUAAUGAUAACAUGUACAAGGAAAAUUCGAAAGGAAUUGAAUUCGUUAAAAUUGAAUCGUGCAACCGAUCAGAAGAAGAAAAAGAAGAAGAAGAUAUGGCGAAUUGUUUGAUUUUAUUAGCUCAAGGUCAUAAUCGUCAUCAUGAUCAUCAAAAUCAAGAACAUGUGUUGAAUCAUCAUGAUUACAAUAACAACAAAUCUUCUUCGAAUUUUUAUUUUUACGAAUGCAAGACUUGCAAUCGAUGCUUCCCUUCGUUUCAAGCACUUGGUGGUCAUAGAGCAAGUCAUAGCAAACCUAAUAAGGCAAAUUGUAACAAUAUUGUUACACAACAAAAGCAAGAAGUUACAACAUCUCCUUUUGUUGAUGAUCAUUAUGAUCCAACCAUGAAUACCAUACUCUCAUUGCAAGCCUUUACGGCCGCAACCCCUAUUACUACUAUUACUACUACUGCUACAAAAAAAUCAAAAGUUCACGAGUGUUCGAUCUGUGGUGCCGAAUUUUCAUCUGGGCAAGCAUUGGGAGGACAUAUGCGACGACAUAGAACUCUUGUGAGCACAUCAACAAUGACGACAACAACGACAACAACGCCAUCUGUGAGUUUGAGUAUUGGUAGCCGUAGCCCUAAAUCUCAUGAAGCUAAGAAACCAAGAAUUAAUUAUGGUUUAAAGUUGGAUUUGAAUCUUCCAGCUCCAGAAGUUGAUCAAAGAGAUCAAUCAAAGUUUUCAUUUCAACAGCCUAGAGAAAAUGUUAUUGCUUUCUCUAAUUCUUCUUUGGUGGAUUGCCAUUACUAAUUAAGUUCUCAAAUUUGAGUAUUUCGGUAUAAUUAAGUUGAUUGACAUUAUUUUUUUUAAUAUUUUUUAUGACUUUUACAAUUAAACUUGUAUAUGUUGAUAAUUCUUUCCAUUCAUUCUACAUUGAAAUUAAAAAUUGAAUUUAUUCA